CAAUCCCCAAAGAGAACAACAAAAACGGCUGUGAAUGUUCUUGAUAAAAGAACAUGUGGUUGGUUGAUGAAUGACUUAUGUGUGCUCUCAAACCUCUCUCUUCUCUGCAGGGGGACCAUACUUGGGCGACCAUGCUGGGGCAGAGUGUUCGCUUGCAACCGGUUCCCAUCCAGAGCCUCUCGGAGUUGGAGCGAGCCAGAUUACAGGAAGUUGCAUUGUACCACCUUGAGGAGAGGGACCUGGACUUUAAAAUCAGCAUCCCCAGAGAAGUACAGAAAAGAAGAAAGUCUCUACGGAGGAAAUUUGACUCCUUUUCGAAGGAGAAGAAAGAGCGAGAAUCUGCACCCAAGGCAUUCAGGAUCCCCCUCUCUCAGGUCAUUGCCAACGACCAGGCCUACAAGCGGCGGCAGGAUGCCCUGAAGGAGAGCAGGCGGGACUGCCUGGACCUGGAGGCCAGCAUUCUGCACUUCAGGGCCGAGAAGCGGCAGUUCUUCAACGGAAGCAAGCCUCUGGCCAGCGCCUCUUCCAUCACGGGAGGGGGUCCGGGCUCACCGUCUGCCAACUCGGUGGCCCCCGCGCCAUUCUUUGACACCCCGAAUAAGCCGCCGCUGCCCACGUUACCCGACAACACCGGCAGAGGACAGAGGAGAGGUGGUCUGUCAGUGGACUCCAUCUCUGACCUCGUGGAGAGCCAGUCCCGCUUACUGGAGGCGCUGCAGCUCUCCCACCCGGCCGAGCUGGAGUUGAAAAAAUCCCCGUCAGAGGGGCGGACCCAAGCCAAGCUCAGCCUCAACCCCAUCUACAGACAGGUUCCCCGGGUGGUGGAGAGGUGCUGCAGCCACAUUGAGAAUCACGGUCUUCAGACGGUGGGUAUUUUCCGAGUUGGGAGCUCAAAGAAGAGAGUAAGACAGCUGCGAGAGGACUUCGACAUGGGGGUGGACGUCCAGCUGGACGAGGAGCACAGCGUGCACGACGUGGCGGCGCUGCUCAAAGAGUUCCUGAGGGACAUGCCUGACCCUCUGCUGCCCCGAGAGCUCUACCCUGCCUUUCUGCAUGCCAACUUGCUGCGGGGAGCAGACCAGCUGCAGUACCUCCAGCACCUGCUCUACCUGCUCCCGGCCUGCAACUGUGACACGCUGCUCCGCCUGCUCACCCUGCUGCACACCGUGCAGAGCUACGCCCAGGACAGCAUAGGGACCAACGACGAGGAGAUUCCCGGCAACAAAAUGACGGCCGCCAACCUGGCCGUGAUCUUCGGGCCCAACCUGCUUCAGAGGGAGCCGGGGGGGGACGUGAGUCCGCACGCCAUGGGCAUCGAGGACAGCACGGCCAUCAUCAGCGCCACCCUGGUGCUGGUGCAGAACUACAGGAGGCUCUUCACGGUCUCAGCGGAGCUGCAGCAGGAAGUCCUCAUGAGUCUCAUCCAAACGGACCCGGAUGUCAUAGACUACCUGCUACGGCGUAAACUCAGCGGGAGCCACCUGACCCUGGAGGGCAGCUCGGAGUCGGGGGGCCGGCGGGACACGGGGGCCUCUCUGGACUCGGUGGGGGCCUCCAGCGGGAGCCUGUCCCCGCUGGAGCCCCCGUCGCCCCUCUUCCCCCCGGACGGGAGCGGGGGGGAGGGCAGCCUGACCAGUGAGGUGUUCCUCAACGUGCUGAAACUCAACCAGAACCGGAAGCGCCAGGAGACCAGAUACGGUGACGUCCAUCCCAGUAAAUCCAUCCGCCACAUGCGCCAGUUCCACUCCCACCACAACCUGCUGAGCCUGUCCCAGUCCUCCUCCCGACUUCUGGGCCAGGACGCAGACCCCCAGGACCGGAGGGGCGCGCUGGGGUCAGCGCUCAGCCUGACCCUGGGCAGCCGGGGCAGCUGCUCCAGUCUGACCGGCUCCACCGAGAGCAGCAUCUGGGUCAGGCAGGCGCCGCCGGACGACAGCAAGCCCUCGCCGGCCGCCAACUUCUGGGACUUCUUCACGGGGAAAGGGUCCAGCUCUGAGACCAUGGUAUGAUACAGGAAGCAGAGCGGGAAAGGGAACUGUCCUGUGUACAGAGAAGCUCCAUCCUGAGGUUUUCUCCCCGACUAAACGGCCGUCAUCCCAGUUUGGAAUCUGGAAUUUGAGGUUUUCGACCACUGAAAUGACCAUUAUCAAAAUAUUGAAUAAUGACAGAUGGUAUUGAGAGGUUUUUGGAAAAGGAUUUUUUAUUUUUUUUAAAUGAGGGUGUAUAUUACAAAAGAUAAAAACUCAUCGUGAGCACAGAAAAGGAGAAAACCCAGAAUCUUUGAGAUGAUCUGAACUGUAAGAGUAAUGAUGCUUGUAUGGAAUACCAGCAUCUGCUAAUAUUUAAUCAAGACUAUUGCAACAGGUUUCUUUCAGUUAUGCGUUGAGUCCAAAUCUUUAUAACACAGACACAACACAAAAGUGAUUAUACAGGUGUUAAAAAAAACCCUCAAAGAUCCUAAACCUUACAACAACCUUUUGAACUGAAACCCCUUAAAUGGAUCCUUACUGGGAAUCGUGACAGUCUCAUUCACUUAUUAACUCCUCAAAACUCCACAAAGUUGAAUAUAAGACAUGGUUGAAGUGUGGUCUGAGACACAAAAACAUGCAGGCAUGCUAAUAAAUGAUCUAAGUCUCCUCCAAAACGAACUCCAACCCUGGACUACAUGGCGGAUCAAGACUCAUAAAGCUAAUAAUAGCAGCUGUUUUACUGGAUUAUUUCGUCAUGAUUCGCAUCGUUUCAGCAGAAUGAGCUGCAGCCCUAAAUAUUUGGAUGGGACUUAAUGGCGGAUUAAGGGAGCAGUGGUGGGCUCGGUUUAUCCUGGAGCUGCUCGUGACUCGUCAGCGUCUUCUUGCCAAAUCGUAAGCGGUGAUGUGGGAAGUGUUUCUACAAAAAAAAAAGAAAGAAAGAAAAAAAAGGCUGUUCCUUUUUCUGUAUGGUUAGAUUCUCUAAUGAUGCUUUAGUUGACGCACAAACAUAGUGCUAGUCGCAUCCGGCAGUUGAACACAGGAGGGCGGAUUGGCCUGCCAUAUAUUAAGGUCCUCGGUUUCCUAUUGUUUUCUUAAUUUCAUGGGCAUAACAUGGACUAUACUCAUACAUACAUAUCAGCACACCUAUACCAAGUGACCAGCAAGUUAGGACUGUAAAAUAAAUGAAUCCCUGGCUGUAUAGUAAACUAUAACAUAGCUUCAACAGUAAAGCAAAGCUCAGAGGUUUUAAGGGUCAUGGUGUGAUUCAAAAUAUUAUCUGGCUCCCAUUGGUUCCUAAAGGCAAGACUAUUUGCAAGUGGAAAACAUUCAAGAUAGCUUUAAAAAAAAUCUCAGAUUCUGGGCCUCUGAUUCUGGAAAGUACAAUCAGAAAAAGGCCGUACAAGUGUGGCUUGUUUGGAAGAAUAUUCUUACCUAAUUUAAAAAAAAAAAGUUUCAGAAUGGCUUAAGACACAUACAAAAGACUUGGACUAAAUGUUUAAAUACAAAUUCAAGAGGUUGCUUAGAUUUGAAAAUUUGAAAAACGAGUGGCGCAACAUCUCACAUUCUGUUGUUCAUCUGUGGUCAUAAUCACCUAAUUUCAUGAUAUAAUUAAUUUUUUUUCUCUUAAAACUGGUCUUCGCCACAUGAAUGUCCAUCCAUCUACGCUCAUGUGUUCGGCCCUCCCUCUGACUUCAGAUUCUUGUUUUUUUCCACUUCUUAGAGAGCCAAUGUAAAAACCUACCAUGGAAUAUUCCUUCAAUCUUUCAGCAAUAGCCUUUGUGCAUGUAUCUAAAACUGUGCCCGUUACUCGGACGUUGAUAUCGUCUCCAACGUUUGACUUUCCAAACGCCAUUAGGACUAAAAGGCAACAAGGCAAAAAGCCGGGUUGAAAAGAAUUUAGUUUAAUUUAAUCCAAAACAUCGAAAGAAAUAUGCCCACUGCCAUCUUUUUGCACUAGGAAAAAUAAACAAUUUGUCACACUCAACUGACCUUUUAAAAAGAAAAAGCUGAAUUUCCAGUAACUUUUGCUGGAAAUUUACCGGACGCUCUUCAGUUGUCGAGUUCCUGACAACACAAGAGGGCAUUAUUUACCACUUUAUUCUCCUUCCUGCAGUCUGUGGACAAAUGCAGUCAUGUGUCAUGUGCACAAAGACAUGUAUUAGGUUUGGGAAACAAUGCCGAACAACUAAAACAAUUGUACAUAUCCUGUGAUUUUAUUUUUGUUGAUUUUGUGUUUUUUUUUUUUUGUAACGUUCAGUCCCAGUUUCUUCUCUAUAAAAUGACUUGUACAGUCGCUCUUUCACCUCAGCAGGUGACCCCCCCCCCCCCCCCCCCAACUUGUAUUUCUGAUUCCUUAUAGAGAAAACAAGCUAUAUUUUUCUUCUUGUUUUUUUAUGAAAUUGUAAAACCCAUUAAAGUGCGUUCGAUCGCUGUACCACAAUAAACCUCCUACAUGCAGA